AUGCCUGAAAUGAAAGCCAAGCGUCGAGGCUUCCAGCGUCGGCUAAAUCUCCUCCUCCCUUCACAGGAGCAGAUUAGGUGCCUGCGACUUGACAUGAUCCCCGAUCUGACACUGCCGUUGGGGCACUUAUCGUUUGCUUUUCCAGGCAACAUUCACUAUGCCAACAACAGCCGUCACUUUGGCUACCAACCGAGACAGUGUUGA